AUGGCCAACAUUUCGCAGAACUCUCCGGUCUGCACUUUCCCCAAGGACCAGCCGAUCAAUGGCUGUAAGAGCAUCACGGAGCGGGCGACCGGCACCGAGGCGGUCCAGUCACGGAGCCCACUGCGCCAGGCGCUGUACAAAGCAAACACGCAGUCCCUGCCCCAGACAGCUUCCAGCCUCGGUGUAAUUAUAACAGCGGGGGCGGGUCCAUGGGCUGCUCACCCCCCCCAUCCCGGGGGCCGCUCUCCCCGCCCCCCCGCCCGGGGGUUGGGCUUCCUGGGUCAGCGCCGCGGCUGCAUCCGCGCCCGGCCCCGCUGCUGCGCCCGGCCCGGGCGGGGGGAGCCCGGGGGCCGCGCUGGGCUCGAGCCGCCCCUGGGCCGCGCAGCGCCGAGCUCCGCCGGGGGAGCUGCUGAGCCGGGGCCGGCAGGAUUUCUCAUCCCUGGGCCGGACGCGCUCUCCCGGAUGGAGCCAGGGGCAGAGCUGCGGGUCCCAGGCCCCCGGGGUGCUGAGGAGACCCCGAGAGACGCCCGCACAGCACGUGGGAACGAGGAGGAGGCAACCCAGGCGGGGGCGGUGAAGGAGACGCUGCCAGGAGGAUCUGGAGGGGACGUUUCCCGGAGUCCGGAGCCGGGGAAAGCCUCCGAGGGGCAGGAGGGGAACCCUGCGGAGGGGAGUGGGGCUGAAUCCGCUCCCCGCGGGGGCGACACGACGGACCUCAGCGAAGCCACGGCCCGGCCAGGGCGACUCUACACCUGCCCGGAGUGCGGGAAAGGCUUCGCCCAGAGCUCGCACUUCAUCCGGCACUGGACGGUGCACACCGGGGAGCGGCCCUACCAGUGCGCGGACUGCGGCAAGCGCUUCCGGCAAAGCUCGGACCUGGCGACCCACCGCCGGCUCCACACGGGCGAAGAGCCCUGCCCCUGCCCCGAGUGCGGCAAGCGCUUCCGGCAGAGCUCGGAGCUCCUCGUCCACCAGCGCACCCACACCGCCGAGCUCCCCUGCCCCUGCCCCGACUGCGGCAAGCGCUUCAGCCGCAGCUCCAACCUGGUCACCCACCAGCGCACCCACACGGGCGAGCGCCCCCACCCCUGCCCCCGCUGCCCCAAGCGCUUCAGCCAGCGCGCCAACCUGCGGGCCCACCAGCGGCUGCACGCGGGGGACCGACCCCCCCGGCCGGCCCCCCGGGGCGCUGGACCGGCCGCCCGGCUCGCCGGCAUCGGGCGCGGCCGGUCGGGGGCUCCCCCGGCUCGGCAGCCCCCGGCCGUCCCCAUCAGCGCGUCCCUCCUGCCGGCCCGGCGUGAACGGCCCAAAGGCGCUAACGCUGUCCACCGUCAUUCCGCGCUGUUAGAGGCGGGCCGGGGUCGGGUGCAGAGUCCUCCGCCCGCUCAGCGCCCGGGCACCUUGACCACGCCGCAGACAAAGGCCAAGCCGGUAAAGCCUUCGCAGUGUGAAGUACGAAGCCAGCCAGGCUUUCCUUGUCACAGCGUCCUUGGUCCCGUUCCCAUCCGCCCGGGAGAGGAAACUCCCUUUCUCUGAGCGUCUCCUGGGUGCGUCAGAGCUGGCAGCGACGGGACAGGAGAAGGGAGCUGAGACGGGCUGGAGCCAGUCGUCCGAUCCUGUUCAGCCCAGGUGUUGUCUGGGCUUUGGCUGGAGCUGGGGGAGGUGGCCGUGUCCUCUGGGUCCCGCUCUCUGGCCCGGGCUGGGUCGGCAUUUCUCAGGGUCGAGAUGCCAGGAGACGGGGGGGGGCAGUCAGCGUGGGGAAACUCGCUCCAGUAGACCCAUCUGGUUGUUUUGUUUUUCCCCCCAAAGUCUCUUUCUUUGAGGCCCCGCAAAGGGGGUGGUGGGCAGCCCAGCCCAGCCCCUCGUCAUUAUUUUCACCGAUUAAAUUCAUUUCCCUACUGGCAAA